AUGAAGCUCGAGGACCGACGUACGUUUUUAAACUGGCAUCAAGAGCAUCAGAAUGAUGUUUUUAAUUUCCAGGAGGAAAUCGUCGCAUAUUACAAGUCGGACGUGGAAAUACUAAUGAGAGCCUGUCUUUCAUUUAGGUCGAUGCUUCUUAACGAGUGUAAGGUUUGUCCAUUCACCGAAGCAACAACAAUAGCAUCAGUGUGUAAUAAGGUGUUUGCUCGAAAUUAUCUGGAAGCUGAUACAAUCGCCGUUAUUCCCCGUGGUGGUUACCGAUUGGCUGAUAAUCAAUCGGUUAUCGCUUUACAAUGGUUAUUGUGGGAGGAGAACGUACGAGGAAUCACCAUACGCCACGUCGGUACAGGUCGAGAACACGUAGUAGAAGGAGGACUCAAAGUUGACGGAUUUAAUGAGGAGCAGCGGCAGGUAUUCGAGUUUCACGGUUGUUACUUCCACGGAUACACCAGCUGUUUCAAAUUUCACCGAGACACAUCGAUUGGAGGAGGUAAAACGGAUACCAUGCGAAAUCGUUACGAGGCCACCACCAUUAAAACGGCUCGACUUCGCAACUUAGGAUUUGAAGUCAUCGAAAUGUGGGAAUGUAGUUUCCGCACAUUAUUAAAACAGAGUUGUGAAGUGCGUGAUUUUGUCGAAAACCAUCCCGUGUUGAAAACAUCACCAUUGAAUCCUCGUGACGGUUUUUAUGGAGGACGAACCGGAAACACUGUUACAUACUACAAAUGUAAUGAGGGUGAGCGCAUCAAAUACAUCGAUGUAUGCUCGUUGUACCCUUUCGUGUGCAAGUACGGCCGAUUUCCUCUAGGACACCCCACAAUUCAUGUAGGAUCUGCAGCCCAGGACAUUAAUUUAUCCACCGUAGAUGACAUGGUGAAAUGUAAAAUUUUACCACCCACGCAGUUGUACCACCCCGUUCUCCCUGUCAGGAUGAAGGGAAAGUUAAUGUUCGCCCUUUGCAACAGCUGUGGCGAAAGUUCACAACAACGUGAGUGUUGCCAUUCGGAGGAAGAACGGUUGUUCACUGGGACAUGGGUAAUUGCAGAAGUUCUUAAAGCAUUGGAAAAAGGCUACAGGAUUGUGGAAGUGUUUGAAGUGUGGACAUACGAAACGCGUCAAUACAACCAUGCGGCGGGUCAGCUGGGUUUAUUCACAAAAAUGAUGAAUAAAUUCAUCAAAAUUAAACAGGAAGCCUCCGGCUGGUCCGCGGAUUGCGUAAACGAUGUAGUGAAACAGCAACAAUAUCUGGUGUUCAGGCCCGCCUGA